GAGGACGCUUCAUCCGAAAUCGAUCUCCCUCAAGGAACCAAGUCAAGAUCUUUCUGGCUGCUUGCGGCGUUGUAACGCUACUUGACCCCCCAGGAACGAGUGGUCGUCCAGCAACCCCUAGUGGAUAUUCAGCCCCCGACCCACACUGACUUCUACCCCCUCCCUUCAAAUACCUUUCUCCAUUGUCUCAACCGUUGCUGCAGCUGUAUCGUUCCUUCGCCAUCUUUCUCUCCUACCGUCACUCCGCUACUCGUGGUGGCCGUUAGCCAUUGCUGCGCCCCCGGCUCCGACAUAAUCUCGGGCGAGAUCUUGGAGGUGGAGACGGGGAAUUGGGGCCUUACUCUCCCACCGCUACGCCCGCUGCCCGCUACCUUCAAUUUUCUCUACUUUUUUUCUUUAUACUAUUGAGCCUCCAGGCUUCCGCCGAUUCGCAAUACCCCACUGGAAACAGACAAAGGGAUUGGAGGAGGCCCCCAACAGGUGCCCUCCCUUCUCGACAUAUCGCCGGGUAUCUUGCAUGCCGGCUCUAGGGUUUCUCAAGAAGAAGAAGAAAGAGAAAGAUUCGUCGCAUGCGAGAAAGAGCAGCUCCCAAUCUGAGAUUCGGGAUUCGGAACCGCCAACGCCAACCUCCGCCACCACGCCGACCACUUCCCAUCACUCAUUCAAGCAUUCGAUUGCGUCAGCCUCCUCAUCCUCAACUGCCCCUCCAGCCACCCCAUCUGUCCCAUCUGCUCCCGCCGCCGAAUCCAUGGCAUUGGUCUCUGAUCACCGGCCCAUGAUACCCGAGCAUCAACCGCAACCGCAACAGCAGCAGCAGCAGCAGCAGUACCAAAGUUCUACCCACCAGCCCCAGAGCCAACCUCACCAGAGCAAUAUCAACAACAUCAUCAACCCCCCCCCAGUCUAGUGACUACUCGAGGCCGCAUGAUGGCAACAAUACCCAAACAGGCGCGGCGCACUCAAAUAUGGCGCAAUUGCAGGAGACGGGAAACAAUUCUACCGGAAAUGCUUCGCAAGAGCGGUCUGAAGAGCGGCAGCGGCAGCAACAAGCUGCUGCUGUUAGGGCGACCAAAGGAAAGUAUUCCUUGGGCGACUUCACCAUUUUACGGACCCUAGGCACUGGAAGUUUUGGCCGAGUACACCUUGUCCAGUCACGACAUAACCUCCGCUUUUAUGCUGUCAAGGUCCUCAAGAAGGCCCAGGUUGUGAAGAUGAAACAAGUAGAGCAUACCAACGACGAGCGGCGCAUGUUACAGAAAGUUAAGCAUCCCUUCUUAAUAACGCUGUGGGGAACGUUCCAGGAUGGCAAGAAUCUUUACAUGGUGAUGGACUUCAUCGAGGGAGGGGAACUCUUCAGUCUGCUGCGGAAGUCGCAGGUGAGUGGUGUGCUAUGGCUCGGGCUGGCUAAACGGGAAGCCUAUUAACACUUAGGUUUCGCCCUUCGAUAGCGAUUUCCGAACCCUGUUGCCAAAUUCUAUGCUGCCGAGGUUGCUCUUGCCCUUGAUUACCUGCACUCUCAUCACAUAAUUUACCGGGACCUCAAACCGGAAAACCUGCUCCUGGACCGGCACGGCCAUCUGAAGAUCACAGAUUUCGGGUUCGCAAAGGAGGUUCCGGACAUAACCUGGACGCUCUGCGGCACUCCGGAUUAUCUAGCGCCAGAGGUGGUUGCCUCGAAGGGGUAUAAUAAAUCUGUGGACUGGUGAGUUUGGGGGCAUUCGGGGUUUACCGGAUUCCCCCUCAGCCGAGUGGCUUUUGCCGGUUGGCGUUGUCUAAUGUGUUGGCGCUUCCUAGGUGGUCCCUCGGAAUCCUCAUCUUCGAAAUGCUCUGCGGGUAUACCCCAUUCUGGGAUGGAGGCAGUCCCAUGAAGAUCUACGAGAACAUCCUCAAAGGCCGGGUCAGAUAUCCCGCAUACAUUCAUCCCGACGCUCAAGAUCUUCUCCAGCAAUUGAUCACCCCCGAUUUAACAAAGCGUCUGGGGAAUCUACUGCAUGGGAGCAGUGAUAUCAAGCAGCACCAAUGGUUUGCAGAGGUCAACUGGGAUCGCUUAGCAAAGAGAGACAUUGAGGCCCCAUACGUACCACCCGUGCGAGGAGGAGUAGGCGAUUCGAGUCAGUUCGACCAGUACCCAGAGGAACAAGAUGAGUAUGGGGUAGACGAUGGAUUCGAUCAAUUUGGGCAUCUUUUUGAGGAGUUUUGAUGUUCUUUAUUAUGGCUUGCUUUUACCCUCUUUUUUUUCUUUUUUUUUUCUCGCCAUCUCUUUUGCUCCCUCUUUUAAGCCUGCUGCGCUCAUGCCUCUGCCAGAUACCUGAAGCCAAGUAACCUUUUACCUUUAGCUUUAGCUUUUUGCUGUUUUUUUUGUUUUUUCUUUUCCUUUCCUGUCUAGGUUAUCUGGCGACGCAACAUCUCUCUAACCGCUAAUACCCCACCGAUUUGAAUCUAGCCAUCCGGUUGGGUUCCCAGUAGCGGGGGGGGAUUCGGAGGUUGUAUCAAAAAGUACAGUGCAUUCGGUACAGGGGUUUUUUUUCCAAUUUUUCUUUUAAAUCCCCCCAGGGGGUAGCAAAUGGAAUUGCCGCUUUCCGAUUAUGCCUAUGGCCAUUCAUGUCUCCCCCCUUUCUUCUCACGCUCUCACACCUUCCCUUACCUUUUACUCUUUUCUAUAUUACAAUUUCCGGGUACGGAUAUCUCCCAAUAUACCAGGAGGCUGUGUAGGAUAGGGAGAGGACAGGCGCAGACACAGGCACGGGGAACUCGUGGACGGGAUGCUGGGUUGGUUCAGGCUGGGUCACACGGCUCCAUGUUUAUCGCUAUGACUUGCUAUAAAAAAACUGAAAAGGAAAUGGCGUUGCCGAUCCGGUAAUGGAGGGAAAGGAGGAGAAAGGAAAGGAUCAUUGUGAAUUUAUUGAUCAUCAUCAUUG